CGCGUGCGCACCUUCUCUCCCUGCACUCGGCGCUCCUGUGUCUCUCACCAUGACCACCACACAGACAGGAUGACAUCCAAAUGUGAAUCCGAUCUACCCUCGAACAGUUCAGGAGACGCAAUGCUGGUGUCGAACGCAUCCAAACCCGCGCGUGAUCCUGCGAGUGAAAGCAGCAGGAGCGCGACGUGCGGCUCAGUGUCCAUCGCCUUCCCCAUCACCAUGAUGGUAACGGGGAUGGUGGGCAACUUCCUGGCCAUCCUGUUGGUCUACAGUGCGUACAGACGAAAAGAGAACAGACGGAAACAGUCGUUUUUGCUGUGCAUCGGCUCUCUGGCGCUGACUGAUCUGUUCGGACAGCUUCUUACGAGCCCGAUUGUCAUUUCCGUGUACAGAGCGGAGCUGCAAUGGGAGCGCGUCGACGUGUCCGGGACCCUGUGCCCGUUCUUUGGCGUGUGCAUGACUACUUUCGGCUUGUGCUCGCUGUUCUUUGCGAGCGCAAUGGCUGUGGAAAGGGCUCUAGCCAUCACCGCGCCUCACUGGUACUCCAACAGCAUGAAGACCACCGUCACCAAGCACGUGCUCGUCACCAUUUGGUGCCUUGUGCUGUGCUUCGCCCUGUUGCCCAUCAUUGGUGUCGGGAAGUACACUGUGCAGUGGCCUGGCACGUGGUGCUUCAUCAGCACCGGCGACACCAACGUCAGUGGGAACACGUUUUUCGCCGUGACCUUCGCCGCGCUCGGGAUCUCUUCGCUGCUCGUCACCUUCUCCUGUAACGUGGUGACCAUCCGUGCGCUAGUGGCGCGCUGCAGAGUCAAACCCAGCGCGUCUCAGUGGUCCAAACAGUGGGAGAGGCUGACAACUGAGACGGUCAUCCAGCUCAUGGGCAUCAUGUGUGUGCUGCUCGUCUGCUGGUCUCCUUUACUGAUCCUUAUGUUGAAGAUGAUCUCCAACCACACAUCUUCUCACCACUGCAAACCCUCAUCAAAUCCUCUCCUGCCCAGCCGGGACUUACAGAUGGACUGCAACUUCUUCCUGACUGCCAUUCGCCUGGCCUCGCUCAAUCAGAUCCUGGACCCGUGGGUUUACCUGCUCCUCAGAGAGAUCCUCCUGAGGAAGUUCUGCCAGGUGGCCAACGCUGUGUCCAACUGUUCUCUGGAUGGACAGAAAGAGACUAAGAAAGAAACAGCUCCAGACGCUGCAAAGAAUCCAGGCAAGGAGAAUGACGAGUCUAAGAAACUGUCUUCUCCUGAUCCGAGUGGAAGUGCACAAGCGUGACUGCAUUUAUUUAUGGAAGGCAGACUUUAUAUAAACGUGCGCUCAUGGACCAUGACAGCGGCAUGCGUACAAUUAACCUCAUUCUAAUAGAUGCUGGAGUUUUGUAUUUCAGUGUGAACCCUGAGCAUGAGUGAGUCCGGCAUGCAAACACUUACCGCUUUUAAACAGCUAGAACCGCUCAGCUCUGGCGUUUGUCUAUGCUGCUCAAUUCAUUCUCAUCCUGUGAAGAGAAACACUGUAAGAUCUGGACCGUGUUCUUCGUACGUCACAUAACAAACACACAAUGACAUAUUCCAGACGCGCAAGUUGUUCCAAUCACACGAGAAUGGGAUUUGUGCAGCCAGAUAUCGAGUUAUCUGAGAUAAUCACCGCGCUCCGGCGUUGACCGGAAAGCAGUCGUGGCCCGGAAGGCUUAAAGAUUUUGUUAACACUUUCUAUGAAGGUCAUAUCUAAAAAAAAAUCUAUUAACACAUCCAUGUCAUGUUGUAACGCAUUCAUAAAAGAAAGUUCAUUGCCACAUUGCAGCUUUACAGAAAUCUGGAUGUACAAUGCGGUACGUUUUAUAGCUAACUUCAUCAUGCAUUAUGACAGGUUGACACCAUGCAUUCAGAGCGCUCAAAAGGCUUUAUGUCACCAGAACUACAGAAGCUUAUCCACUCUGUCAGUUUGUAUAGUGCAUUAUGACUUAAGCCCUAUUCGGAUUGGAUUAGUUUUACGUGGGGACGUGGGGGUAAAGUAAUUAUUACCAGAGCUUCUCAGUGAUUUUAGUCCCGUCCGAAUGUGCCAUCUCGGUAAUCAUUACGGACAAUGUCAGUAAAGAUUACGGCGACUUUUACCUUCUGUAGAAAGGUCCGGAAAAAUUACCUCAGGUAAUACUAAUCCCGUCCGAAUAGACCCGCUGUAAAUAUGUACGGUAAAAUUCCUUCAUUUUCUGUUUAAAAGUUUUGCAAGCAUGGAGGCGCCAUGUUGUCUGUUUGCGCACGUGACGACAAGGAGGUUACUGUGGUGCGUAAAGCGAGUUACCCCCUCCCACUUCUGUAGUUUUACUGAGAUGUCUUGUCCCGUGCGAAUUGGCCAAUUUAUAUUACAGACGUCCUGAGGUAAAAUUGCAUUACUCCACGUCCCCACGUAAAACUAAUCCUGUCCGAAUAGGGCUUAAGUCAUUAGGACAUUUUGCAGAAUUUGUGCAGUGUGAGUUUAGUCAUGAUUAAACUGUGAACAAUAAAGGGAAGGAAAUUAUGCUGGUUUUUCAUGUCUUUGUCAUGUUACUUACAAACUACGUGGAAUGUGUUUGGUAUUGGUGAUAUAACGUGUCAUAAAAAUGACUUAACUCGAAUCAAUUUGAGCAACAGACAUUGUCUCAAAGCAGAAAUGCAGAAAUCUUUAGAUAUAAUGGACACUGAUGAUCAGCCAUAACAUUAAAGGCACUGAAAAAAAAACAGUUCUCGAAGUGACUUUGACAAAAGACAAAUUGUGAUGUCUAGAUGACUAAUGCCCCUUUUCCACAGAGGCAGUUUGAGUGCUGGUUCGGAGCCUAAUUUAGAACCAGUUCUUUCUUUUUCGACAGCCAAAGCACCGGCUCUGAACCAGGAAAAGUGGUUCUUAAGUAGCACCAAAACGUUUCUGGUCUAGACUUAAGAACCGCUUGUGUCCGG